CCUCGAAAGAGUUCAGAAGUUUCCAGAUCCCCCCCCCCCCCCAAACCAAGGCGAAGCGGCGAUGAGUUCCUCCGGCGGGCGCGGGAAGGCGAAGCCGGCGGCCAAGUCUGUGUCGCGGUCCUCCAAGGCCGGGCUCCAGUUCCCCGUCGGCCGCAUCGCGCGGUACCUCAAGGCCGGCAAGUACGCCGAGCGCGUCGGCGCCGGCGCGCCCGUGUACCUCUCCGCCGUCCUCGAGUACCUCGCUGCUGAGGUGCUGGAGCUGGCCGGGAACGCGGCGAGGGACAACAAGAAGAACCGCAUCGUGCCGCGCCACAUCCAGCUGGCGGUGCGGAACGACGAGGAACUGAGCAAGCUGCUGGGCACCGUGACGAUCGCGGCCGGCGGCGUGAUGCCCAACAUCCACCAGACGCUGCUGCCCAAGAAGGCUGGCGGCCACAAGGGGGACAUCGGCUCCGCCUCCCAGGAGUUCUGAGCGCGUCGGCGGAAGGGGGAGAGGGAUCGUCCUGUCUUUGCCGUGUCCGCGUGAUGGCGAUGAUGUUUCUUGCGGGUUUUUGGGAUGUUUGGGGAUGAGUUGGGGUUGAUCGAACUUUGCUGGCUGUAAACAAACGCAGUGCAUUGGUUCGUGAAUCAAUUAAUAGAAGACAACAUUUACCAUGA